CAGCAACUGAUCAUCCCCAUCAGCCUCAACACCUUGUUGCUAUCCUCCCCUCGAAACGAUGGCCGACAAUACCCCAGAAGAACCACCCGACUACCCUCUCCUCGAAGAAGCCACUCUGCUGAAAUUCGAAGGAAGAGAGUUCCCAGUCGGCACAGACAGAUAUCGACUGGACCGACUGGUCUCCGAGAAAGUAUUCCGCCCCUACAGCGAGCGACGCGCCGUCUUUCAUGCCACCAAGCUCGAUGAUCAGCAGCAGCAACAGCGGCAGCAAGCCGUGGUCAAAUUCUUCAUCCACCAACACCCAACACACAAAUGCACUUUCCAGGGCGUCGCGCAACCCGAAUUCGAAUGGGAAGUGCAAGCGUUAGAGGCAGCCCGGGGGCUGGACGGCUUCCCCCAGCUCCUGAACUGGGAAAGCACCGUCCAGAGCGCCGAGUUCGAGAACCCGGGCGGGCGGAUGAAUCUCAUCGCCAUGACGCGGCUGCCGGGCUUUCCUCUGACGUUUUACAUCUACGAUUUCCGCGAGCAGUCGCAGGUUGAUGCGAUCAAGGCGCGAGUGGUAGAGCUGGUGGAGUGAGGGGAUUCGGCGUCUACACCUCUAUGCUUUGGUUGCUAAUUUUGCUUGCUUCCUCCAGAGCACUGCGCCUCCACGGGCAGGAGUACACGGAGGGGGACUCGGACAAGAUAAUUUAUGAUCCAGCAACUGGACAAGUGUGAGAGAUUUGUUGCCAUUCCACGCGCCCGGCCUAUUCUUCGGGAUUCUGACUGUUGUUGUUAUUGUUAGUGGGAUUUGUUGUCUCGGACGAUCGGUCGCCAUUCGUUCUACUACCGAGCCGAA